UUUAGUUUUCCGUAAUAUACAAAUGUUAUAUCUUAGUUGAUUAAUAAUAUACUUAUUUAACAGCACCACCACCACUAUUUCAUGUCUCCUGCCAGUUUUCAUUUUUUUUCUUAAAUAUCAUUCCAACCUCGAACAAAGGAGAAUUUUGUCUCUUUUCUGUUUCUUCUUUCAUCUUCAUUUUCAGCUUCAUUCAUUUCUGGUUAUUUUCUGCUUAAGGCAAUUCUUUCGUAAACCAAAUGUUAUUUGUUCUUUUCUAACACCAUCGUCGUCGAAGUGUCUCGGAAUUGAGCAUGGCUACAAGAUUCAAAGGGCUUUAUCAGAAGAGAUUCAAUUGUUUCUCCGACGUUUUCGAUGAGAAAGAGGAUGAGAUGGAAAUUGGAUAUCCUACAGAUGUUCGACACGUAUCGCAUAUCGGUUGGGAUAGUUCACCGAGUAGUGCACCGAGUUGGCUACAUGAAUUCAAGAAGAGCAACAACAUGUUAGAGCCAACUUCAUCGUGGCCGUUUCAAGAGUUAAAAUCAACGAGGGAAGUAUUUGGAGAAGUUGAGAGCAGCAAAGAAUUGGAAAGAGAAUCGACACAACAAAACCUGAGGAAGAAGCUCUGUUCAAAAGCCUAUCUAUUGUGUAAUCCAUGGUCACCAAGAUUCUCAAGAUCACGCAAGGUCCUUGCUUGAAUAUUUUUCAUUUUAAUUUUCCAGUCCAUUGUUUAUAAGAUAUUAUAGAUCGAAUAUAUCAAUCUUUAAUAUGUUUCCAUUUGAGAUAUGUCUUUUCAGAAGUGUGUACAAAUUAAUAUUCAAAGUAUAUUGGAAUCGUUUUACCAAGUGCA